CGUCACCAUGAAUCUAUGACGGCCAUGACUCUUUCUCCUCCCCCACACAGGGGCUGUUUUAACCUAUAUCAAAGCCCACGGCAGACCAGUUGGGGCAUCGCGGUUGAAAUUGCCUGGGCCGUGUACACCCAGCACAGGGACCUUAUCUGAGGCCCCAUGCUCCCCUGGCAGCUGACUGGCAAGUCCGAGGCUGGCUGAUACCCGCAAUCUCCCUGGAGACAGCUGGCCAUGCUGCGGGGAGGCCGGGGAGCAGCACCACUCUGAGACCCAAAAGAAGAGCGAUCUCCUCCGACAGUGGACGGCUGCGCUACGACCACUUCCCUUCUGUAGGAAGCGCUUCGGGACGGGCGGGAAGGAACAGCAAGCCCAGGUCAUGGAUGCCCGUCUGGAGAGUAACUGAGGUCACCUCUGCAGGGCUGUGAGGCCCUCUCCCUCCCCUCUGCUAUUUCUGCAUCUCUGCCGUUGGGAGACGUGUGUUAGCUCCUUCGAGAGAGUGGAAUGACAGACCCACUGCCGGGGUGCAAGUGGGUGCCUCGUCUGGGCCUGAGUGACUAGGCCGGUGUCAGUGCAGAUUUAAGAUGUGCCUGCGUCCAGCCGUGUGCACCUGCCAGCAUGUGAGUGUGCGCUGUGUGUCCUCACGGCUCCCCCAGCCCUUCUCCCUCACAAAGCAGAGAACGUAAGCUCGAGGAGCCCACAGACCUAGCAGCACCGGCAUGGCCAUGGCUGCCUCGGUGAGCAGCCUGGCCGAGGAGGUCAACUGUCCCAUCUGCCAAGGCACCCUGAUGGAGCCGGUCACCAUCGACUGUGGGCACAACUUCUGCCGUGGCUGCCUCACCCGCUACUGCGAGAUCCCAGGCCCGGAAUCUGAGGAGUCCCCCACCUGCCCGCUCUGCAAGGAGCCUUUCCACCCAGGGAGCUUCCGGCCCAACUGGCAGCUGGCCAACGUGGUGGAGAACAUCGAGCGCCUCAAGCUGGUGUCCACGCUGGGCUUGGAAGAGGAGGACGUCUGCCCGGAGCACGGGGAAAAGGUCUACUUCUUCUGUGAGGAUGACGAGAUGCAGUUGUGUGUGGUCUGCCGGGAGGCCGGGGAGCAUGGGGCCCACACCGUGCGCUUCCUGGAGGAGGCAGCCGGUCCCUACAGGGAACAAAUACAGAAGUGUCUUAAGUGUCUAAGAAAAGAGAGAGAGAAGAUUCAAGAAAUCCAGUCAAGAGAAAAUAAAAGGAUCCAAGUCCUCCUGACUCAGGUGGCCACCAAGAGGCAGCAGGUGAUUUCCGAGUUCGCACAUCUGAACCAGUUCCUGGAGGAACAGCAGAGCGUCCUCUUGGCACAGCUGGAGCGGCUGGAUGGGGACCUCGUGAAGCAACAGAAUGAGUUCGACUUCCUGGUCACUGGGGAGAUCUGCCGGUUCAGUGCUCUGAUCGAAGAACUGGAGGAGAAGAACGAGAGGCCAGCCAGGGAGCUGCUGACGGACAUCAGAAGCACUCUCAUAAGAAGUGAAACCAGGAAGUGCCGGAAACCAGAGGCUGUGUCCCCUGAGCUGGGCCAGAGGAUUCGGGACUUCUCCCAGCAAGCCCUUCCUCUGCAGAGGGAGAUGAAGACGUUUCUGGAAAAACUCUGCUUCGAGCUGGACUAUGAGCCAGCUCACCUCUCUCUGGACCCCCAGACGGCACACCCCAAGCUCCUCCUGUCCGAGGACCUCCAGCGGGCUCGCUUCUCCUACAAAUGGCAGAACUCACCAGACAGCCGCCAGCGUUUUGACCGGGCCACCUGCGUCCUGGCCCAAGAUGGCUUCACAGGGGGGAGACACACGUGGGUGGUGAGCGUAGACUUGGCCCACGGGGGCAGCUGCACGGUGGGCGUGAUGAGCGAGGACGUGCAGCGGAAGGGGGAGGUCCGGCUGCGGCCAGAGGAGGGCGUGUGGGCGCUCAGGCUGGCGUGGGGGUUCGUCUCCGCUCUGGGCUCCUUCCCCACCCGGCUGGCCCUGGAGGAGCAGCCCCGGCAGCUGCGAGUGUCUCUGGACUACGAAGUGGGCUGGGUGACCUUCUCCAAUGCUGUCACCCAGGAGCCCGUCUACACCUUCACGGCCUCCUUCUCGCAGAAGGUCUUUCCCCUCUUUGGGCUCUGGGGCCGAGGGUCCAGUUUCUCUCUGAGCUCCUGAGAGAGCGCAGUGACUCUUUGAUAAAGGACUCACAUCUAGCACCACCUGGACCUGCCCCUGGCUGGGUCAUCAGGCAGACUUGGAACAGAAACGGCUCCUUUAGACAAUGUGAAGGUCUGUGGUAAGGGACAAGGUGGACGACCUUCCAUCCACUGGUCAGGCUCUCCCCAGUGCUCCGGUUGCUGCCAGCCCUCCUCCCUGCACCCCACCAGGCGCAGUAGCUGUGUAGAGGAAGGGGUACUAGAUUUGGAGCCGGAAGACCUGGGUUCUAGACCUGGUCUUAUAACCAACCAAUCAUGUGAGUCUAAGCUAGGCACCCCAACUCUCUUCACCUUGUUAUCUCCCCAAAAUAUCAGUGUUCUCGUACCUAUAUCCUCAGGAAAUAUUUAUUGUGUGCUAAUUAUGAACCAAGCAGUGUGGUGGCCAUUAGCAAUUUGAAAAUAAAAUCAAUCGACUUGU